AUGGCGGAAGAUCCACUCGCUCUAGCCCGAGCUUCAGUCACUUGCUUUGAUGAGACUCCACUCCACAUAGCCGCCAUGCUUGGUCACCUAGACUUUGCAAAAGCACUUGCUUCUCACAAACCAGACAUGGCCAUGGCAGUAGACUUGCAGGGGCGUUCACCUUUGCACUUGGCCUCUGCCAAUGGCCAUAUUGAGAUAGUUAACAUGUUGCUGUCAUUGAAUUCCAAUAUAUGCCUCAUCUGCGAUGAGGAUGGAAGAACACCCCUUAAUCUGGCGGUGAUGAAGGGCCACGUUGAGGUCACAAGGGAGUUGGUUACGGCCCGACCAGAAGUCACUGAGCACAAAUUGGAUCACGGGGAGACCAUUUUGCAUUCUAGUGUGAGACAUAAUCGUUUAGGAGCCCUGAAGAUGUUAGUUGAAUCAGUAAGGGAGGCUGAGUUCAUCAAUGCCAGAGAUGAUUAUGGCAACACUGUCUUGCAUACUGCUACAACCUUGAAGCAGUUGGAGACUGUUAGGUAUCUGCUCAAUGGAAAUAUGGUGGAAGUCAAUGCAGUGAAUGGAAGUGGUUUGACAGCUUUAGAUGUCAUUGAACAUAUGCCAAGAGACUUGAAAUCCAUGGAAAUCAUAGAGUCACUUUCAAAAGUUGGAGCUUUAAGAGCCAGAAAUGUACCUACCAAUGGAGAAUGUGAGAUAACCAUGACGAUCGAGGAGUCUCGAUUAGAUUCUGUAGCACAACCUUUAGAAGGCAUCAGUAUUAAGAAACGUUUGAAAAAUCAAGAAAAUUGGUUGAAAAACAAACGUGAAGCUUUGAUGAUAACAGCAAGUGUGAUUGCAGCCAUGGCAUAUCAAGCUGGCCUUAAUCCUCCCGGCAGCAUUUGGCAGGAUGAUAAGUCUGAUCACGAUGCCGGAACAUCGAUAAUGGGUGAUUAUUGUCCAUGUGGUUACCGUUCAUUCUGGAUAUACAAACACCGCAGCCCUUGUUACUUCUCUAAGCACAAUUUUUUUGCUUAUAAGUGGAAUACCUAUGAAGAAAAGGGUUUUCAUGUCGAUUCUAAUGGUGACUAUGUGGGUCACAAUAACAUGCACGGCGCUUGCCUACUUGAUUUCACUGUGGGCCAUUUCACCGUAUCAUGA